AUGGGAUGCUCAGUUUAUCCUGGAGAGAUUCGAGAGGAUUGCAAAAAUAUACAAUCCCGGAUUGGAUAUUUGACACUCAACUUCUCUAAUGAUCACACAAUUUUGUUAUGUUGUCUUUGUAGCUACAGACUGAUCUCCGAUGUCGUGGGAGUUGUUCUUGACCCUUCCCAGAAUGAAACUAUUCAAAAUAAAAUCAUCAUUCAUUUUAGUCACAACGAGCCGAGCAUUGAUCCAAAAGCUGUUGAAAGGAAAUGUGUCUUCUGGAUGGAGGAUUUCAGCUCGUCAAACGGUUCAUGGUCAACUGAUGGUUGCACGGUACUGAAUGAUUCUUCUAUGCUAUCGACCGUUUGCAGUUGUAACCACCUCACGAAUUUCGCAGUUCUAAUGCAAUACAAGGACAUUGAGGAGGAUAACAUUCCACCAGAGCACAGACGGGCAUUGCUCAUCAUCACCUAUGUUGGUUGCUCCUUGUCCCUCGUUGGGGAAGUAAUGGUUAUCUUCGUCUACGUGACAUUUAUGAAGAUCAAAGCCGAAGGAAUCCAAGUCAGGCUAAACCUUUGCACAGCUCUGUUUCUUGCUCAACUAGUAUUUUUGUCCGGAAUCGAGGCUACGAGUAAUAAGUCCGUGUGCAUCUUAGUGGCUGUUUUACUCCAUUACUUCUAUCUGGCAGCGUUUGGGUGGAUGCUUCUGGAGGGAGUUUUCCUGUACGUAAUGAUUGUUGAGGUAUUCAACACAGUGGACAUGCGAUACCUCUAUUUCUUUGGCUGGGGUUUCCCUAUCUUACCAAUAGUUAUUUCUCUAAUAAUUGGCUCAGGCGGUGAAAAAGGACUUGAGAGUUACACAAAUGAAAACUUCUGCUGGUUGUCCUUCCAGAAGCGUUUGAGCUGGGCCUUUAUUGUCCCUGUGUUAUUUGUGACAAUUAUCAACUUUGUAAUACUCAUGGCGGUGUUGCGAGAAAUCAGAAAUCUUCAUGAGCCUAAUCCUUCUAAAAUGAAGACCUUCAGAAAAACUCUGAAGUCAUUUCUUAUUUUAAGUCCUCUGCUGGGUUUAACGUGGGUAUUUGGUCUCUUGGCUGUAACAGACGCAGGAUUGGUAUUCCAGUAUGUUUUCACCAUUCUUAACUCUUCACAGGGUAUGCUCAUAUUUCUCUUGCACGUGCUGAGAAAUAGUGAAGUUCGUGCAGCUUUCCAUCACAAAGUGCUGAAAUGGAGAUUCAACAUAUUUCACAGCAGCUCUUCCGGUCGUAGUCAGGUAGAGGUGUAUGCGCAGUACGGUGGCAAGCGGAAGCGGCAAAUAGACCCUGAAGAAACUAAAAAGGAGCUGAGUCAUAACACAACAUCAAAAGAGCAGAUAGCAUUUAUCAUCAGGCUACCUCCUCCGAGCGUUCACUAAAUCCGUCUGUACAUUUUCCAAAAUAUAUUUUUUUUAACUUUU